GCAGUUAAUACCUGAACGCCCUCUGAGCAUUCAAAAUGAACGCAGAUGCACUUAACGGACGGCUGCUCUUUGCGAUCCCGAAGAAAGGAAGACUGCACGAGAAGUGCAUGGAGCUGCUCGCUGGCGCGGACAUACAAUUCCGACGACACAACAGGCUCGAUGUCGCGCUCGCCAUGAACCACCCGCUGGCUCUCGUCUUUCUCCCCGCAUCCGACAUCCCCUCCUUCGUCGGCAACGGCAACGUCGACCUCGGCAUAACGGGGCACGACGUCAUUCUCGAGGCUGCGAUAGAGGACCGCGUCGCGGAGGUGCAGCGCCUCGGGUUCGGCAGGUGCAAGCUGCAGGUACAGGCCCCCGAGGCGGGGCCCAUCAAGAGCGUCAACGACCUGGCGGGCAAGCGCGUCGUCACGAGCUUCGAGGUCCUCGCUGGCGCUUACUUUGACAAGAUCGACGCGAGCAUGGGCUUGGUUGGGGAGAGCAAAACGCGGAUACAGUAUGUUGGGGGGAGCGUCGAGGCUGCGUGUUCGCUCGGGCUUGCGGAUGGGAUUGUCGAUCUCGUCGAAUCCGGGGACACAAUGCGCGCGGCAGGCCUGCACGCCAUCGAAACCAUCCUCGAGACCGAGGCCGUCCUCAUCCGCUCCUCCACCCCCAAACACGCCGAACACACCGCGCUGAUCUCGCUGAUCUCGUCGCGCAUCGCGGGCGUCGUCGCGGCGGGCAAAUACGUCGUGUGCGAGUACAACAUCAACCGGGACCGCCUGCCCGAGGCGCGGCAGAUCGCGCCCGGGCGCAAGGCGCCAACGGUGAGCCCGCUGGAGGAGCCCAACUGGGUCGCGGUGAAGAGCAUGGUGAUCAAGAAGGAGGUGGCGCGGGUGAUGGACGAGCUCGUUAGGAUCGGGGCGGAGGAUAUCCUCAUUUUCAAUUUGGAUAACUGUAGAGUGUAGUGUAGCUUGUGACUACGCUUAUAUCAUAGAGGCGCGGUGCGCUUUGGACUUACGGAGUCUGCUGUAUAAUGCAAUGCGGCGAGCGUGGGCGUCGUCAACUGAUCCGGCGUCUAGCAUCAACGCC